GCAGGCCUCCUUGGUACUCUCGCUCUGAGCCUGGCAAACACGAUUUUCCGAGUAACGUUUUCAACGGUCGUGCGUCCCGCGGCUCUUACUUACUGGUCAGUUGACCAGUUUAAGUCGCCCACGAAGUGCGGAGUCCUCCCACAAACACCAACACGUGUCAGCCCAUCCGAGGCUACACUAAUCCCGCAGUGACAGACAAUCUGCGUGAGGAGAGGGUGACUCGCCCGUGGCCACUGGGCGGGGCACUGGAAGACGGGACCGAGCCCACAGGACGCCCGCUAGACGUCCAAGCUCUGCCCGCAGUCGCCGGCGUCCGCAGCUUUCCUCUGCAAACCCCAGCAGGAGGGCGGGAGGGCCGCUCGGUCCCGGCUUCCGCUGCGCCACGCCUCCUCAGGCCUCCGACUCCGCCCCUCCACGGUGCCCCGCCUCCGCCCCGCCCCCUGUGAGCCCUCCUCCCCGCCCCUCGACGGCGGCUGGCCCCACGCUCUACGGCGCCCCGCCCCCUGCAGCCGGCGCCCCGCCCCUGCGGGCGGCCUAGCGGUGUGUUUACCCGCGGUGCAUGGUGGGGCCGUCUCCUAGGACAACGCGGCCCACUGCUUGUCCGUAGGCGGUGCGGAGCUGGCUCGGCGGCAUGCGCCGGACUCCCGCCUCAUCCUUGCCGCUGGCGAGCCCCGAGUACUACGAGAGGCUGGGCCACCUCCAGCACGGGCUGCGGGACAGUGAGAAGAAGAGAUUGGACCUGGAAAAGAAACUAUAUGAAUAUAAUCAGUCUGAUACCUGCAGGGAGAAGCUGAAGUAUGUGAAACUAAAGAAAUACCUCAAGGAAAUAUGCGAAGCUGAGCGGAGGGCUCAGACUCGAAACAAAGAGUAUCUAAAGCAGUGUGAACGUGUGCAAGCUCAUGUUGGACAGUUUACCACAAACACAAAGAAGCUCCAAGACCUGAAGAUUGAAUAUGAGACUCAGAUUAAGAAGAUGCAGCUACUCUCAAAAGACAGCCCAGAAAUAAAAGGUGAACUGAAAGAUCAAGACAGAAGAAAGGUUGCACAACAGGCAGGAAUUAACAUGGAGACCGCCAUGUCAAGAGGACUGUAUCAACCAGCAACAAUCUUUAUGGGCCGCCAAAUGUCAGCCGUCUCAAGCAUUGGAGAUUUCAGUGUAGAGCAGAAAUCUCCCCAGCCCACAAAGAACUUUUCAAUUCCUGACCCACAUUCACUUGCACAGACAGCCCAGAGCAGUGAUGUGACAGACAGCUGUGUAGUACAAACCAACAGUGACACACAGUGCUUAAAUAAGUCUGACAGAACAGAUGGAAAGACAUCUCUUCAGAUUGGUGCGAAAACGCCCGUCACAGCCAGUGUAUUGUCUGAGGAGGAACAAACUCAUUGCUUGGAGAUAGGAAGCAACACACGUCACAGUGAGAGCAAUUUAUCUGUAGGCAAAAAGUCUGCUGAACUCCAUUCCCCGUUACAGGAAAGAUUAAGUCCAAAGAACAGAACCGAUGAUUUAAAGUGUGACAGUUGCAGCAGAUCAGAGGGAUCAGAGGGAGAAAUACUGACACGGGAACAUAUUGAAGUCGAGGAAGAAAGAGCCAGCCCGCCAGUCUCUCCUGUAUCAGUUUCAGAACACUGUGCAUCGGAAAAUAAGUGGUCUCAAGAGAAGCAUUCUGCUUGGGGAGCUUUCUCAGGCCAUCAUCCUCGAGGGGACCCAGAAUCACAGAGCCCCUUCAGAGAAACCCACGAGGAGAAGGAGGAGGACAGUUUGAGCAGCAGCAGUAGUGGCCUCACAGUUUCUGUAAGUGAAGACGAUUUGAUGUUAAAGAGUCCAGAACCACCGCCAAAUCCCGGUGACCAGAUGGAGGGAGAAGACGGAAUAGAGGCCUUAAAACUAAUCCACGCCGAGCAGGAAGGAGAAGCCCUAUCCUCUGAAGAAGAUGAUUGUGUUUUGCGAACCGUGAGCUCUCCAGGUUCAGAAAAGGAAUCCUCCACGAACACGCCUGCACGAGAAUCUAAACAAGCCUCAGACUCGGGCCUACUGCAGGCACAGUGUUGUGUGGCCGCCUUGAAAGAACGUGCUCAUUCUCCCCAACAAGAGGCAACAGCAUUCUUGAAAAAAGCCCUUACGGAAGAGAGUGCUGAUGGGUCAGCUAUUCACAGUAAUGAAUCAUCUUGCAGCCUGCCAUCUAUUCUGAAUGACAAUCCUGGAAUAAAGGAAGCAAAACCCCCUCUAUGGCUCAACAGUGUUCGCACAGGGGAACAAGAAGUUUCAAGUGACUGUGGAGAUGAGAGAAAGGAAGAAAACAUGGCCACAGUGAUCCCAAUCACAGCUCGAGGCGAAGUGUGUGGAUUGGAAGUUUCUCUUAUGCAUCAGCACCCUGUCUCAGCUCAGAGAAACCUUGGCAGUGAAUCCGCAGCCCCAGGUCUGUUGCUGGAGUGGAUUUUAUUGACGGAAGUCUGGAUGUGAGAAGUGAUUUGGAUCCAAACCUGUGCACCUCACAUUCACAUACACUUUUGACCUUUUAAAAAGAAUGCUUAAAUAUAGCUGAGUUUCCAGUAUCUUCAGAACUGCAAAAGCACUGAUAGCCUAUUUUCUCACUUGCAGAUGAGCAGGUUACUAGACAAAUGAUUUCUGGAUUUUCAGUGAUCAUGUUUACCUUACGAAUGAUUCAAGAAAUACAUCUCGUUUUUAUUGUAUUUCACAGAAACCUGGGCCUGCAGCAUCAGCAACAUAUCUAGUACCAUGCAGAAAAAAAGUAACGGAAAUCCUGUGCACAGAAAGUAUUUUUUCAAAUUUGAUUUUAGAAUUUCUGCACACUUCACAUAGGAAUAGUAAUUACCCUCCAUAUCCAGAGAUGCCCAGUUAUUCACCAGUCCAAGGUCGUUUUUUCCCCCGAGCUGCAGUGAUAGUAUUGCUUGCAUCUCCCUUUGUGAUUCUUUUUCCGGGCUCAACUCCCCCCCCCCCCCCCAAGGAUUUCUGCAGAUGCAGUGGAAGAUUCUCUGCCCUGGAGACACCCCUUAGAGGCUGGUGAACCACUCGUUUAUCUGGCUCUUGUAAUGGGUUGUUAAAAGCACUUGUUCAUCAGAUAUUUUCUUUUUCUUUUUAUUUGUAGAUUUAGAAGUAUUUUAGCAGGUGUACAUUUGCAUAUAAAAGAGAAUAAAAGAUACGAAGUUGAGGCUUUUUCUUUCUUCUCUCCAGCAUCAUCUCUCUCCUACCUCCCUUUAUUCAGCAGGUUUUCAUUUUCUUUCUCUAGCUGUUUCUAUUUUCUAGACACAAAACGUAUAUCAAAAAGAAAAAAAAAAAAAAAAAAACAGUCCCAGUGAUCCGUCAGCAUUUUGCAGGCAGAGAGACUGGGUUUGGGCAGCAUAUGUAACAAAGUAGGUGAAAAUACAUUUAUUCCGUUGUGUCAUCCGCCUGGAAAUAGUAGCCAGGGAUGGAUUUUAACCCCGUGGAGUUGCUGCUGCACAGGACUGGCCCCUGGGGCUUGUUUUAUGCUUUCAACAGCGUUAUUUUUUACUUUUUAAAUGAAAUCUUGACACAGAUUUGACUGUGUCGUAGGUGCUUGACUGAGCAAUUCAAAACUGAAAGCUUGAGCAUGUGUCUGUGUGUUUGUGUUACCAGAACAUUCCAAGUGAAAAUAAUUGUAUGCCUUAGACAUAUUUGUUGUAUCUGACCAUCUUCAUGACUACGUGGUUUUGGGGAAGCUUAGUGUUACUAAUGGGAGGGGUGUUUCCCUGAAGUUCUAAGUCAGAGGAUAGAACGUGAUGUCUUAAGCAGCUACCCGGUUCUCACAUUUUCGGACUUGAGGGUCACUGAAUCUUUCUCUAAAUUAUGUCCCCCUUGGGAAUCUGAGAAUCCGGUCCCUACCUUAUUUACAGCAGGCCAACUUCUAGAUGUAUUCCUUUUGCUCUUUUGUCUCUCUGUUUGUUUGAUAACUGAAUUUGCAGGGCAGCACAGUUUUGCCUUUAACUGAUCCAUCACUGUCCUUCCUUAAAAAAAAAAAAAAAAAGCCUGGUUCUGAGUUGGCACAAACCCUGCAAUCUGUCUCCUUACCUUUUGGCUUCAUGAAAUUGGCAUCAUGGCCAAAUCUUCUAGGCUGGCUGAGUCAUUUGAGAGCCCUUAGCAAAAAAUAUGCUCUUGCCUCCUGAGAGCCUGGAACCUGACCCAUGUGGCUAUCCAGCUCUUUUGAGGCGAAAGCUGACAUCUGCUUGUCUUCUUCGGCUGCAUUUUACCCUGAGUGUUCUUGCACUGUUCUUAGUGAUCACAAAAAAAAAAAAAAUGCUCACUGCUAUCUAACAUCCAGGUUGCAAAUCUGCUCUGGUUGGCCUGUGCAGUGUUUUCUUUAAAAAGAACGAGGCAGAAGUCUAGCAAGACCAUGCCCACUUUCCCCACUUGGCACCCAUUGACCCCAGCCAAGGAUCAGCUGCCCCCUGUGGCUCUCCAGGAUGUCCUGCUGUGCUCCCUUCCCUUGAUACACCUUGCCAGUGUCACUUGUCUGUGGUGCCUGUUUGGCCCAGAAGACCCCUAUAUUCGCAGCCCCACCCUAUCCAGUCUGUUGUAGCGAUCUGUGGUCAUGAAGCCACCUCUCUGUGUCCUGACUUGUUUAUGCAAGCUAUCUCCCCUUUAACCAACCCUUGCAAACCUUGUCUUUCCCAUCUGGAUCCACCAGCCCUUUCACACUGUUUUGCGCUGCAGUUCUGCCUGGAACUGUAGCAUGAUACAUGCCAUGGAGAGAUCAGCUGCAGCUCUGACAUGACUCCUGCUCCAUACAGACUUCCUCUUGUCUGCCUGCACAGCACGUGCUGACCCCUCCACCCCUCCAGGGCUUUGGCGUCUGUGGUCCUGCCCCAUUUCAUGUUUAUUCCUCCAACUGAAAGCAGUUCAUCCAUGUACCUUUGAACAUUCGCUCUGCCCUGAAGCCAUGGGAAGAAGCAUGCGGUGGGUUGGGGGUGGGACGUGUGCAUAGCAGCCUCAGCCUUUUUGUACCUCUCAGGUCAAGGCGUCUGCCUCCCAGAUGAUAACUCUGCAGGGCCCCGUCCGUGACGCUGUGCUGGGGAGCAGGGGCCACAGAAGGUUUAAGGAGCCUGACCGGAAGGGGUCGGCUCUGGCUGAGUGGGCCAGAAAGGCUGAGCCCGUCUCCCUGCAAGGCCACUGGUCACCUGGAAGCAGACGUGGGGCGGCCUUGAAGGCUGAGACAAUAGGAAGGGGCUCCAACCCUGGCUCCCACUUCCAGCCCUGAAGCCUUUGUUUAUCAAGAAGCUGCUCCUCCCCCCAACCCCCAGUCCCUGCCACUGUUUGAUGUCUGUCUUCAGUAUGCUUUCCCUGACCAUUUCCUUAACUGGAUGCAGAAAUAGCACACGGUCAUUAAGACCUGGACUUGGAUCCUGAAGGCUAAAAACGUUCUGGGUCGGUUUUUAUAAAAUCAAAAAACAGGACAUUUUCACCUGUUUUAUAAUGACUCUUUACCUUCAGAAUUUCAGAAACUGAUUUUUGGUAAUACCUCCCGCUCUCAGAAUCACCUCACAACACAAACAGAGAACACUACAGCGCCUCCUACUGGAGGCAUCCCACUGCUUGGAAAUGCUUUAUCCCCCAGGGUUCACACAGCACAUACGCACAUUAAGUAAAACAACAUGUUUUCCCUUAGGCCUGCAUUACCCCUAUUGUUUUCUUUACAAAUUUGUUGAAAUACUCAGACAUAUAAUGUCAAAAAGUGUUGCCUAGGAGUUGAGUCCUUGAUCUAUACGUGUGUUAAUUACAUAGCAUCAGAUAUUCCAAAGUAAGGUAGAUGCUCAUCUUAAAUGCUCAGUUUUAACCUGGUUGAUUCCCAGUAGAGCAAGGUAAGUUCCAUUUGUAAUUCUUCACUGUGGUGGAAGUUUUAAUCCAGAAAUAAGGGGCUCCUGCCUGAGUUAAGUUGAGCCAGCAAAAGCAAGAAUGCAGCCGAUUGCCCGCUCCUGGUGCUGCCAGCACAAAUCCUUUGAUAUCUGCAUUGGAAGUAUGGAUGCGGUUUUGUUUUUCCAUGUCACAAUGCUAAUUCUCUCCUUAUUCCAUUCAGGUGCCCUUCAUAUGUAAGGUAGUGAGGAAGACUGUACCAUGCAACUCCUUCCCCUGAUGUUUGUUGACUGCUUUCCCAGGGGUCUUCCCCAGUGUCGCAGCAGACAUCAGUAGAAGCCCCCCAGGCCAAGGGCGUCCUGUGGACAGAAGCUAGUCCAAGCUGUUGCUGAUGGCUCUGGACGCCUGGCUUUGUUCCUUGCAGGUGUCUGUCUCCCCGUUGGUUAGUGGGGCUCAUAGCUCGUCCUGCAGCUGCCACCCUUCCUGGCUCACUCACCGUUCACUUAGCCUCUCCUAGAGGGACAGGGAGCACUCCCAGGUGCCCUGACCACUGGGGAGGUCGGCUGUCCCUCCUGGUUCAUUCCUGUAGCCAUAAGCAAGGGCUGUGGGGGAAGAGAACCCACUUUACUGGGAUGCUGGUCCACAGACCCACUCAACGGAUUGACGAAUUCAGCCGCCUCAAAUAGACUCAUACAGCUUGCCUUUGAGCUGCAUUGCUUUUUGUUUGUUUUCAGAAUUUCUAAAGAGUG